GCAGGAAUUGCAGGUGUAGCAGAUGAUGACCCAGCUGAGCAAAAGAGCGAUGGUGCUGUCGUGGCUGAAGAACUCGCGAGUCCUGGUCAAGUUGACGUCUCACGGCAUAGAACUGACCCCUUUGGCACUACUGACAUGUCUGCGAUGAACGCUUCAAUUUUGGAGCUCAUGAACCGCUCCAUGAACACUUCAAAGGACAUCGCUGGUUUCAAGGUGAAACUAGUUUCUCUACGUGAUGUAAUGCAACGCGUGUUUGAGAAUCUUAGAUCGUCUGGAGUUUUGUUCGAGGACAUCUUGGAAGUCCUUGGAUCCGGAACAGAUGAAAUGAGAAGCUUAGCGGAGAAGAUACGUGCUAUGAAAUUUGAGUGGAACAUUGCUAUGGAGGAAAAGCGUGUAUUUAUGGACGCAAUCGACGAGACAGUGGAUAGCGUAACUAAACUGCAGUCGGAGUUGUCAGCUUGGGAGCAGUCAUUGAAUGAAUCAUCGUUCCGUCUUGAUGUAUCGAUGGUGCACACUACCACCCAGUGCUUCUCUGUACAGACUGCGCGGAUUGAUGAGGAAAGAGAUCUUCAACCCUAUCAGCAAGAGGUAGCAGAACUUCAGGCUCAAAUUUCCUCGAAAACGGAGGAGAUCCUACAACUGCGGUCAAUAAUCGAAGAAGCUCAUGAAGCUCGUGACAUGGCGCUCUCUUCUGCCGAGGACUUGCGCUCAGAUCUGAAGCAAAUGGAGGCGAGGCUGAUCGGUAUGGCAGAGGAACGUGAUCAGCUUAUUUCCACUGUGCAGUCAGACGAAGCGGAGAAACGUAUGCUGAAAGAAUCUUUAGAAUCUCAAUUGGCGACCAAUGAGCAAGUUCAGCGCGAUGUCUUGCAGUUGCGUUCGGAUACUGAUGCUUUCAUUCGUGAAAUGGCUGCGAAAGAUGCGCUCUUAGUGGAGCUGGAGGCCAAACUUGCUUCAGCUAAAGAUUCGGUUUGUUCUAUCAGUCUU